AUGAGAAACACAGCGAUGAUAAAAGUAGCCUUAUUUCAUGAUUAAUUGAAUAUAUUAGGUGAUGACUACUAUCUACUAUUGUAUAAUGAAGGCCAACUGUUUUAGUUCUAGACUAUUAGAGAUUAUCAAAAUGAUAGAUUUGAAUUGCCAUUGACAGAUUUAUUCAAAUAAUAUAAGCAGUUCUAAUAUAAUGAAUAGUUCAAAAAGGAAAUUUCAAACUUAAAAAUAGAAGUAACUCAAUAACAAUCUCAGUCAUUGUCACUUGAGAACGAGGAAAAUUUCCAAAUAAGAGUAUUUAGAAAGCAUGAUAGUGGAUCUAAAUUUAGCUACUUAUUAGAUACAAGCAAUUAUCCAACGAAAGAAGCUACUUUUGACUCAUCAUUCUAUUUUGGAGAAGAUUAUAUUUAGUUCUCAACAUACCUUGACUUCGAGGAUAGUAUUCUAUAUGGACUCAAAGAUACAUUGAGCUAAGGAUCAGACUCACUAACCAUGAAUACUUAAACCAAUAAGAAAUUUGUUGUCUGGGACGAUCAUAAUGACCUCCCAUUUUUGAUGAUUCUCAGUAAGAGUAGAAAAACAUGCUAUGGAUUGUUCUUAAUGUCCUCUGAUCCCGUUGAAAUAUAGACUAUUCCAAGUAAACACAGACUGAUAUUUAGAAUACUUGGCAAUGGCAUAUUCAAUAUGUUAAUCUAUGCUGGUCCUUAAUUGAAAAAUGUUAUCUAGUAGCAUUAUCAAACACUUGGAUAGUCUAUUAUUCCUCCCUACUAUGCUCUUGGUUAUUAGUAGAACAUAUUCUGGAACUACCUUGACUAUUUGAGAUCUCAGCCUUUCUAAAUUGAUAGUGACUAAUUUAAUGAGAUACUAUUCAGAGAUCAAAUAAGAAAUCUACAUCAGAAAGAUAUCAAGUAUGGCUUGACCAUCACUCCAGGAUUAUCCUACUAAGCAACUGAUAAUUCAAGAUACUACUUGCAAUUUAACUACGAAGGAUAAAAUCAAAUUUUAUUUGCUCAAUUCACUGAUAAAAUAACAGGAGCUAUUCCUAAUUUCUUUAAUGACUUCACUAAGUAAAAAUGGAAAUAGGAAAUUAGAGACAUUAUGGCUAAAUUAAACUUGGAUUGCAUCUGGCUUGAUAAAAAUCAAAUAUAGCACAGGCAAAUCUUAACAUUCAAUGAAGGCAAUCUAGUUUUACCAAGGAAAAAAUACAUUUUCACUCCUGGAGGUUAAGACAUUUAAAGUGGAUAUUUACCGUUUGAUUCUUUCUUUACAGUGGAGAGAUCUUCUAACAUCAAUGGCUCAACUAGUCCAUACCAUUAGCAAUACAAAUCAAUAGACACUCAAAGAAUAUAUAGACUCCUGCAGGCAAAAAAUACCUAUGAAGUGAUUCAUCAAAUUUAAGGUGUAUAACGGCCAUUCUUGCUGGCAUCUGCUUUUACCUUUGGAAUGAAUUAAUAUGCUGCCAAAUAUCACUAAAUAGGUGGUUCUGGGUGGGCUGAUUUAAAAUACGCCUUUGUCGUAAGUGUUAGAAAUUAACUAGUCGGUUCAUUCAUUUCAGGAGCAUCUGUUUGUGGUACAUAUGGAAACACUAUGAUUGAGGAUGAUCUCUGUAUAAGAUGGCAUUAAAUUACAGUUUUAAAAGGCUCGUAGGAAUAUCUGCCUUUAACUAGACCCAUUCUAGUUGAAUUCAAUGAUGAGAAGCCUAGUGAUGAGACAGAUUUGUUCAAAAUUGAUAAUAGUUAGGCUAUGAUAGGCUCAGCAUUACUAUUUAGUCCUGUAAUGCAGCAAGGAAAUUCAUUCAACAAUUAGAAUUUCAAUUAAAAUGUUUACUUUCCAAAUGCUACUUUCUAUGAUUUCUAUGAUGGAUCCUUGAUUCCUGUAAAAUCUCAAACAUAUCAAGUUAAAAUUGAAAAAAUCAAUGAAAUUCCAUUAUUUAUAAGAGGAGGGCAUAUUGUAACUUUCUAAAAUGUCUCAGAGAAAAAUUCUAAGGCAUCAAAUAGAGAGGAUAGAGUUCUUAAUACUGUAGAUCUAAAAAAUAAAAUGAGAGUUGAUAUUUUAGUGGCUUUUGAACAAUUAAAUAGCACUGAGCAAGUAUCUAAAGCAGAGGGACUCUAUAUAAUUGAUGAUGGUUAAAGUGAUUAAGAAAAAAAGGCUUAUAACUAAUAUGAUUUCAAGGUUGAAUAUCAAUAGAUUUAAAAGAUAAUAAAGGUUUCAAUUUAAAAAUCUUGGUUUGGAUAUGAUACAAUGAUUGAUUAAGAAAACGAAAUUAUCAGGAAAAAUUUUGAUAGGAUAUGUUUUUAUGGAAUAAGUGUAAAAUUAAUGUUGGAAUAGAUUAAGAUUAAAGAUUUGAAAGACUCAUUGAUCCAAAUAGCUACUUCGUCAAGAUAAAACCAAAAGUACCUUAACCAUUAGCAAAAGAAGAAAUCAAUAAAAUACUUCCAAUAAAUGCCUUUUUACUAACAAAAUGAAAUGAGCACUUUAUUACCUAAGAAGCAAGUAUUGCGAACUUACAGGGAAUAGGAGGAAAAAGUUAGUACCAAUGAGACUGACGAUAUUAAGGAUUAAAAUGAAAUUGAUGAGUAAAAUGACGAUGAUUUCUAGAAUCGAUUUGAGUAAUAAGAAUAUAAAAUUUAAAAAUAACUAAAUCUGGAAAAUAUAAAAUCUGUACAUAAUUUCAAUAAUGAUGAUUAUAAAAGAAAAGUCGGCAGACCGUUUAAGGGUAAUGUUGAUGAAAUGAGUAAGGAGCCAAAUGUACCUGAGAGAAGGUCAAUUUUAAGAGGAUUUAAAAAAUUUUAUGCAAAGAAAGAGUUCGACGGGAUAGAAAAUUGUAGAUUUAUCAAGGAAAUCUUAGGUGGCUUACAAAACGAUGAGUUGAUUUAGAUUCAGGAUUAUAUGAACAAAUGUAAACAAACUUAGAGUGUUGAUCAUUAGAAAAAGAAGAUACUUAAAUAACUUCUUGAAACUGGAUAAACAGUUGAUUAGUAUAUUUAGGUGGGAAACGGUAACCCAAGUGCUCAGUAAUUGGCGAGUAUUGAAAUCCCUGACUACUUUCCACCUCCUAGAUCUCGAGGUAAGAAGCUUUAAACUUACGAACCAUUGAUUGGCGAUCCAUGCUAUCGCUACAAUAAAUCAGUUAAGGAAAAAUUUUUUAAGAAUACUUUCCUUUCCUACUUAUUCAUACAGUUUAUUCAGUUUUAUGGCAAAUAAUUUCUCAAUAAAAAACAAUGGAAACCAAAUACUAAUAGUGAGGGAAAAAUGACAAUCUUGAAAGAUAUUAUAUGGGAAUUUUUAAAACUAGCCUACAGAACCUUAGAGAAGGAUCAAAUUGAUUACCCUAAUUUAUUCCUAAAGGUAGACAGUUAGUUCUGCAAAGUUUAAGCAUUUUAUUGCAGAAGCAGAUGA